AUGGCGGAUCUAUCAGCCUCGGUAUCAGUGCCCAACACAAUGACAGCCAACGACUGCACAGCGCUCGAACGCCAACUUUCCACUUUGCUAGCCAUGAACGUUGACGCUCUCAUAGCACAAGUGCGUAUUGAGUUCCAACGCCUUGAAGAAUGCGCCGAAGACGACCCACGUUUGCACCAGCAUGACCACAUUUCCGGUAGCUCUGCUCUGGGCCUCGUUAGCUCUUCGCCUGUGCUAUCGCCACCCGCCGAAACGACUGGAGAUGGGUUUCCCGCAGUGCAUCUUGAAGGUGUUUCUUCGCCAAAUAUCGUCAGUGCGAUGGGGAAGGAGCCAGAAACCUCCGACUCAGACGGAUCAUACGAGCCAACAGAUGCGCUCCCAGAGCUCCCGGUCGAAUCGAUACCUCGAAUCGAAGUAAACUCUACACCCCCCGGUUCUCCACACUUGGAGACACCGGGGAUAGAAGUGUCGCCUUGGGUUACAUACGCAUGA